UCACGGUAAUUCGUCAUCCAUUUCUCUAAACAGUUGGCAGAAUUUGUGCGUGCGGUGUGCGGUAGCGGUAGUCUGCCGACGGCGUCCGUUCGUAGGAAAGAGAGGAAGGCAUCGAAGGAUCCCUUUGUCAGAUCAAAGUAAAACGACUUGGUUGAAAAGGAACUCUGAUAAUAAGAAAAGGAAGAUCGAGAAACUCGAGGGUAAACUGGGGGUACGGCCUCGUUACGGAUUUUCUGACCUCUUCAACUCUCCCGCGGGUUUUUUUUUUUUCUCGCGAGGUGAAUAACAGUGGUACAUAGACGAAACCCCUGACCCCUCCGCGGGAGGUUCGCGCCUCGGCGCCUAAGCCACAUCAAAAAGGAAGGAGGAAGAAAUUGCGGAAGCGGGAAGGUUAAGAGGACGAUACGAAAGGGAGAACGCGCCGUCUAUCACUAUGAAGCUUGUUGACCACGUGGUGAGGAGCUUCAAGGUGGCCAAGGUGUUCCGCGAGAACUCCGACCGCAUAAACAGCAUCGACUUUUCACCAAACGGGGACACUUUGAUCUCUUGCUCAGAGGAUGACCAGAUCGUGAUAUAUGACUGUGAGAAAGGCACUCAGGUGCGUACGGUCAAUUCUAAGAAGUAUGGUGUAGAUUUAAUUCAUUUCACCCACGCGAAGAACACCGCGAUACACAGCAGUACCAAGAUCGACGACACGAUUCGUUAUCUGAGUCUGCACGACAACAAAUAUAUAAGAUAUUUUCCAGGACACAGCAAGAAAGUUGUGUCGCUAUGUAUCAGUCCCAUAGAAGAUACGUUUCUGUCUGGUUCUUUAGAUAAAUCCUUGAGAUUAUGGGAUUUACGUUCACCUAAUUGUCAUGGUGUUAUGAACGUUUCGGGACGUCCAGUUGCUGCAUAUGAUCCAGAGGGUCUCAUUUUUGCUGCAGGUGUUAAUUCAGAGUUUAUAAAAUUGUAUGAUUUACGCAGUUUUGAUAAGGGACCAUUUGUUACAUUCAAAUUGUCUCAAGAGAAGGAGUGUGAUUGGACUGGAUUAAAGUUCAGCAGAGAUGGGAAAACCAUCUUGAUUUCUACGAAUGGCAGUACGAUUCGGUUGAUCGAUGCAUUUCAUGGCACACCGUUACAAACAUUUACCGGUUAUUUGAAUAACAAAGGGAUCGCAAUUGAGGCUAGUUUUAGUCCUGAUUCGCAGUUUGUAUUCAGUGGAUCUACAGAUGGCAGAGUACAUGUAUGGAAUGCUGAAACAGGGUACAAAGUGUGCGUGCUCAAUGGCGAUCAUCCAGCACCUGUUCAAUGCAUUCAAUUUAAUCCUAAGUAUAUGAUGCUAGCAUCAGCCUGUACCAACAUGGCAUUCUGGCUUCCUACUGUUGAUGAAAGUGCAUAAAAUUAAUACAUGGAAUGCUGGGCAAUGCUCACAAGAAUUUAUCUAAUUUUGUGAAAGAAGGAACUGAAGAUUGUAUUGGUCCAAGGAACAAAUGACAAUGAAUAAUUCUUGGGUAUUUCAAACAAGCUGAACUUGCAUUUACAUUGUGUACAAAAUAAAGUUACCGACGUAUGAGACGCCGGUGUUGGAAUGAACCCAAGAAGCAGGAGAGUUGGUGUAAUAUUCAGGAGUUCGGCUGCUUGUCUUGCUUCAAGUAUAUUGCGUACCGUUUAUGUAUUUUGCCAUCUUUAUUGUUUUCAUCGUCAUGUACUCUAUGGUGCGAUGAACGUGACCAUCAUAAUAACACCUUAUCAACAUUUAAGAACCGUGAUAUACCAUUGCUUCUCUUCUUCCUCAAAGUAUACUACAAAUAUCGCUAGUAUUUGGAUGUGUCAUCUUCUGUACAUACCUCCUUCUUGUGUACCUGUGUGUAGUAUAACGAUAUUGAAUUAUGUAUCGUAUGUUACAAAAACUCUUCGAAUCAUAUAUAUUUAAUUGACUUCUGAGUAAUCAAUGAUUUUACAAUGCAUUUUGUUACUACUAUAUCUCUAAUGAUAUUUUAACAAAGUUAGAGUAUAUAUUUAUACAUUUACGUUGACGACAUAAAAGAAAUUGAAACCAUAGAACAGUAUCCACAGCAAAAUUAUAUAUUUAUAUUCAUUUUUCAGUUGAAUGUUUUUUGACAUAACUUGAAACGAGUUCGAAGCACAAAGGAAGAAGAUGAUAAAAUCGGUACAUUUAUAGUGACACUACAGAAAACUAUGCUAUGUACACAUGAAAUUCGUGACACACAAAUAUGUGUGCACUUGCAUUCAAUCCCAUAGCAUUGGUAUUCAACAAAAAAAAUGAGAUUUGCAAUCACUGAUAUCGUGCAUGGGGAAAUUGUUAUGAUCGUGUCGCAUUGAUGUAAAUUAAGCAAUUGGUUUGGGUUAUUUAAAAAGAUCCCCAGUGACCGUCCGAAAUCAGGGAUAUUUUUCUUUCAAACCGAUUAUAACGGAGUUUACACAAAAAUUGAAAUAACGUACGAUACACUUCGCUAGCGCAGAAGAACGAUAGCUAUCGAGCUUAUUUAUUGCGCGCAAUAAACAUGCGUACGUUUAAAAUAAGACACUUUGUUGACGGCAGUAAGGUAUCACGUAUUUUUACGACUUCCAUUGCGAUAAAGGUAUAAUAAUUCAGAAAGUAUACUGCCACGAUGGCACUUAUGUUAUUGUAUAUGUAUUAUUCUAGAUAUGGUAUCGUUUUAAUCUACAUGCGUGGAACCGGCGGGCCGGGUGAGAAACAUUCGACGAUGAUAAGAAGUGCAGUUAAAUCUAAUCAUCUCACAGUAGUUCACUAAAUAUAAUGUUAAUGUCAUCGCAAUGUGGCAUCUCAUCUUGACGAGAAAACCAGGUGCAUACGAAUAGACAGUUAUACUCGUAUUCAAACGUUUUAUCGAAUGAAAAGAAAACGUAAAUAAAUAUUCGACAAUCCAGUUUUGUAUACAAUGUAACUACGACGGUUAAAUAACAUUCUUGUUGUAUUGUACACGUGUCUGUUACAAUUGACUUUAUUGAAAUUCCAAUCGUCGUUUAACACCGAUAAACUCACAAAUUGGAAUGAAGUCGCGUCGAUAAAAAUAUUACACAAUUUUGUGUAACGUACACGUGUUUACGACUUAUUCGUGUAUAUUCUGUCUGUACGUUUAUGCAUGGCUGCUUUCGUCGUGCGUGUAUAUACCAUUUAUAUUCACAGUGUCCUCUAGAAUUUCUAGAUGUUUUUCUUAGCAUACUUUAUGCAAGAGGAGGGGGUUAUAGUAUUCUAUAUGAAAGCGCGCGUGUAUGUACCGACUGUGUUCGUGUUGCGUAUUGUCUAUUGAUUCUACGACGUAUGCGCGCGCGCGCGCGCGUGUGUGGAUGCGUGUAUGGGAAUAUGUAUUCUUUGUAUGUGAACGUGUUUCCUCGUGUAUCUCUACGACUUCAGCAGACUCGAGUGCAUUACAUUGUGCGUCGAAUACGCGAGAGUUCGCCUCGUCUUGUAAAAUAGUAUUUUUCUAAGUGGCGAAAUAGUGUGCGUAAUUAUAUCACGAUAUCUGUGUUGGAAGAACGGUUACUAUGAUGUUAUUUAAAAAUAUGUCUUGCGAUUCGUAAAAAGAAAGGGAUUAGACUAUAAACAGAAAGAAGAUAUAGAAUCGUACAAUGUAUGUCGCAUUCAAUCGACCGGAUUAAAAUAAGGGAGAUUAUAAUGGACACUGAGAGAAAGAGAGCGUGAGAGAGAGCGGACUCGAAGAAUUAGAUCGUCUCUCGAAGUACCACGAUCGAUCCACGUAUAUAGAUUAAACACUCUAUGUCAUACUGCCAACUUGUAAUCUAGUAAAUGUCCGAACCGAGUAUCUUAAUCAGAGUUGGGUACGUCUUUAUCUAGGUAAGGAAUAGCGAAUAACGCUUUAUAUGGAUAACGGUUAUUUGUCCAGAUAAAACGAUUAUUCGUGACUCGCAAAUAAAACGUUAUACGCCUUUUUUUCGUUUUGAAUAACUAAGACGUAUGUGAUUUUUCUGUGAUAUACAAAUAUGAAAAAUGUUACGUAAACGGCGCCGAAAUCACAUUCCACGCAAAAAUAUGACUAAAAUCACAUUGAACGCGAACGUGUAACAAAUACCAUACGUAAAUAAAAAUCACAGCGUAAUUGUAAUAAUUUAACAAAUGCCAGAACAAAAAUCAUAUAGUUCACGAAUCACACAUUCCAGAUGAAAAUAUUACAAAUAUCGCAGAAAAAUUACAUCGCUAACAGAAUGUGCGAAAGAAGUGUAAUUCUUUGUUAUUCGAAAAAAAAUAACUCGAUUAACAGAUAGUUUUAUGUAGAUAAAUUUAAUUAAGUUAUUUCGUCGAUGACGAGAAUUUUAUUCGAACACUGCGUAUAAGGAAUGACUAGCCAGAUAAAUGAACUAAAUGGAAAAAUUUAUAACGUGGAUAGUAUUUUGAUAGAGAUUUAUUCGAAACUAUUCGAAUAAACGCCCAACUCUGAUCCUAACACGCAAAUAAAUUUUCUGUGACUUGCGCGUACACGCGUAACACACUGUGUUCUCAAAAUGGAAAAAUUCGAGAGAAUUUGUACAUACUCCUAACAACCGUGAACGGAACUUACGAUCGGCGACAAUGUUGUCUUAACAGUAUUCUGGAUAAAUCAGUGCGAUGAACUCCUUAUUAAAUUUAUUUCCGUUUAAAUGUCGUAGGCUACGAAAGAAGAUCGAAGGCUAAGAGAUUGCUGUUUGCAAUGACAAAUUUUAGCGACCAAUGCCGCCACAAAUGUGUUAAACGUUGCACAAGUUAGCAUGGUGGCUCUUAACACAUUGAUUGUCACGUUACCCAGAAAUGAGUGACUUCUUUUCAUUAAGGAAUUAAAUAGAUUAAUUCCAAAAGUGAGGCGUUAAUGAAAAUAAAUUUCGCUACAAAAUUAAAUGCUACGAUAAACGUUGAAUUACCUAAUUUUCAACAGUCUCGAAACGAAAUUUUGACUAAGUAAAAAUUGACAUGAAUUUAAAUCUGGCAGCUAAUGUGUUAAUUUAGUAUGCCUCAUAUGUUAAGACAGCACUGAUUGUCGAUCGUACGAUCGGGAAACCUGAAGUUGAGACGAUCGAUUGAGAUCGGAUCCUCGAGCAGGUGCCACUAAUUCCCUUCUAAAUUCCGUUCGCGCCUGUUGAAAGCCAGGGGCGUAAAACAUUAGGGAUUUCUUUUUUAUCGAGAUUACUCGACGCGUCCCCUGUCAUUCUUGUAUAUAUAUUGAGAA